AUGCGGUGUUUAUUGUAUUCCUUAGUUCCAUUGUCUUUAUUUAUUAAAGUAAUUUCCUCUACAGAUGAAGCAUGUAAGCUUCAAAGAAAAUUUACCUUUAAUGGCUUAUAUCAGAAAGGAGAUAUUAUGUUAGGAGGGAUAUUUGCUGUACAUUUUAGGUCAGUGGCACCGGAUUUGUCUUACAGAUUUCAGCCUGAACAAUGGAAAUGUGAGAGCUUUGAUAUUGCAGUGUUUCAAAGAUCACAAAUAAUGGUGUUUGCAAUAGAGGAAAUAAAUAAUGAUGAAACUCUCCUUCCUAACGUAACACUGGGUUACAGAUUGUAUGACAACUGCAUCAAUGUACAAGUGGCUAUGAGAGCUGCAGUCACUCUGAUUGGUGGCUUUGAAGAAGUCACCAAUUACAGCUGUGAAGGAGCCCCUCAUGUUGUUGCCAUAGUGGGAGAUCCUGUCUCAACAAACUCAAUCGCCAUAUCAAGACUGCUGGGUCUCUUUGGAAUGCCUUUGGUCAGUUUUUGCUCAACUUGUGCUUGUUUGAGCAAUAAACUGGAAUUUCCUACAUUUUUCAGGACAAUUCCAAGUGAUGCAUUUCUUGUUAAAGUGAUGGCAGAAAUAAUCAAGCAUUAUGGGUGGACCUGGGUCGGGAUAAUUGCAAGUGAUGAUGAAUAUGGGCUGUUUAGUCUGAAAAGUUUAGGAGAGGAAGUCAAGAAGUUUGGGUGCAUUGCUUUCUCUGAAGCUCUCAAUGUUAACAAUAAGGAAAAAAUGUCCCAUCUAAUUCAAAUUAUCAGGCAUUCAACUGCCAAAGUGAUUGUGGCAUUUUUGCAAAAAAUGGAUGCUGCGGUGCUGGUAGAUGAGGUUGCCCAUCAAAACAUUACUGGAAGGCAAUGGAUUGCAAGUGAUUCAUGGAGUCCCUUUCCUACGUUUGCCAACAAUGAAAAGUUUGCCUCGUUUGGUGGGACCAUAGGUGUUGCAGCAAGAAGAGGGGUGAUCCCUGGCCUUGAAAAGUUUCUUUUACAGAUUCAAGCUAAUAGUGAUCCAGAAAAUAAUUUGAAGAAACUAUUCUGGGAGACCAUGUUUGAAUGCAAAUUUGUUCAAGUGAAUACUUUUGCUGUAAAUAUUUCUACACUGGAGAGCAAAAAAGACUGUAAAGGAACAGAGGACAUGAGGAACACAAAAACAGCCUACAGCGAUGACUCGGAUUUAAGAGCCUCCUACAACGUUUAUAAAGCAGUCUAUUCGUUAGCAUAUGCCCUUCAUAAUCUGAUGUCCUGUGAAAUUGGGAAAGGGCCAUUUGAAAAUCACACUUGUGCAGAUAUCCGAAGUGUGCAACCCUGGCAACUCCUGUACUACUUAAAGAAAGUUAAUUUUACAACUCGUCAUGGAGAAAGAGUCUCUUUCGAUAAAAAUGGCGAUGCUCUUGCAGUCUUUGACAUUGUAAACUGGCAACGAGCAGCAGAUGGCACCAUGUUCAGUAAAACUGUUGGCGUGUUUGAUGAAUCAGCACCUGCUACAAAAGAACUUUCACUUAAAGAAGAAGACAUUUUCUGGAACUUUGAAUCUGGCAAGGUUCCAGAGUCUGUAUGCAGCAAAAGUUGUCCACCUGGCACACGAAAAGCCACCAGGAAAGGGGAACCAAUAUGCUGUUUUGAUUGCAUUCCAUGUACAGAUGGCGAAAUUAGUUAUCAAGUUGACUCAACUGAGUGUGUGAAGUGCUCACCGGAGUUUUGGUCAAAUGAUAAACGCGACCAAUGUGAGCCAAAAGAGGUUGAGUUUCUCUCCUAUGAAGAUGCAAUGGGAAUCACUUUAAGCACAACUGCUAUAUCAGGAGUUUGUUUAUCUGUCGGGGUUUUGGCGAUUUUCUUCCGCUAUAGGCACACUCCAGUUGUGAGGGCCAACAACUCAGAGCUGAGCUUCCUUUUGUUGGUGUCGCUCACCCUAUGUUUCCUUUGUUCACUUUGCUUCAUUGGACAGCCAUCCAAUUUGACAUGCAUGCUAAGACAUGUGGUAUUUGGCAUCAGCUUUGUUUUAUGUAUUUCUUGCAUUCUUGUAAAAACUAUCGUUGUGAUUGCCGCCUUCAAAGCUACGUUACCAGGUAAUAACAUGAUGAAGUGGUUUGGUGUUUCCCAGCAGAGGGGUACUGUCUUUUUCUUUACUUUAAUACAAUCUCUAAUAUGUAUAAUUUGGUUGACCACAUCCCCUCCAGUCCCAAUUAAAAACACCAAAUAUCAAAAUAUAAAAAUUAUUUUUGAGUGCGAUAUCGGGUCACAAACAGGGUUCAGCUGUUUGCUGGCGUAUAUUGGACUUUUGGCUUGUGUCUCCUUCUUAUUAGCAUUCCUGGCAAGAAACCUGCCAGACACGUUCAAUGAAGCCAAAUUCAUCACUUUCAGCAUGCUGAUCUUCUGUGCUGUGUGGAUCACUUUCAUACCUGCUUAUAUCAGCUCUCCCGGAAAGUACACAGUAGCUGUGGAAAUUUUUGCCAUUUUAGCUUCCAGUUUUGGCCUCCUCUUUGCAAUCUUUGCCCCAAAAUGUUAUAUUAUUCUUCUCAAACCAAAUCAAAAUACGAAAAAGGCACUAAUGGGAAGGUAA